CAAAAGCAUAUUCAAAUAGAACUAGUACACUUUCCGACGCUAAGCCAGUCUAGAUGAAAAUUCCGUGAUUGUGCCUCUCAUUUGAUUGUGGGUUUCAGAUGAUAGAUGAGACAGGCCCCUGCUCGGUGGGACUCGUUAGUUUCCGAUACUCCGGAAUACAACCCAUAUAUGAACGAAUGGGUGGAUUUGAAUCACCGGAUAAAACCAUUUAUGGCAUGAAAGCUUAACCGGAAUUCCUGGUUGUGUGUAAGAGGAUGAUGAUGACAUUUGGAAACAUAAACUAUCUCUGCAAUUGAAGAGCAUGUUUUAUCUAUUUGUAUGCGCUUCGAAGCCUUUGAGUCUUCCUCCGCACACUUCUUUGCAAAACAUCUGUUUUAACUUUUAGUAAAUAAUUCCCUAUAGAGGCUACGCGUUUGUAUUUCCCAGCCCUCGGGCGGCUCUCAUUUCAGGGUUCUCCAUUGACAAGUAUUCUCCUGUGUCGUCACUUAACAAUCAGCCAAUGAGCUUCGGCAGCGCUACUUUUUCUAACCACCCAGUCCUUGUAUGGUCAGUGACGUAACGGCAUAUUCACGGGCUCCCAAUAAAUACAUACUACGACUACCAAAGCCACAAAGAUCUGUCAUUCAGGGGGUAGACCGACUGAAGGGUUCAUAGGUAAUUACCGUGAGAGCUCAUCCACAAGGUUGUGCCAGAUGUAACAGGUUUGUCAGGGAAAACAUAGGUCACACAAUAGCGAGCAGAAAAGCAUCAUCUUCAUAUACGUCCACUGAAACCUUGCGAAAAGCUCCGGUAAGGUUUUAAAUGAUGACAGCUAAAAUCCUGGACAAAACCCCUGUCACUCUCGGAGGUUUUGUACACCCGCUUUCCGAGAGUGUGUACUCCGUGGAUGAAGUCGCGACAAACUUGCCAACUUCAAUUUCUAUUUUUCCAAACGGUGAUUUGGGAGGACAUUAUGAUCACAUUAACGGGUCUAUCGGAGAUGGCUUGAUGAAUGGGGACAUGAACACGGAAAAGAGGUCUCUCGACUUGGCUUAUUCUAGCAGCUUCAGCCAGCCCACCGGUCCACGGAAUCAGACUUUUACCUAUAUGGGCAAGUUCUCCAUUGACUCUCAGUACCCAAGCAACUGGAACCCGGAGGGUGUCAUCAACAUAGUCAGUGCGGGCAUCCUGGGCAUGACCCAGCCUUCUUCGGCAUCCUCGUCUCCAGCCUCGUCAGUGUCGCCAAACCACUUCGCCAGCACCAUCAGCUGCACCAUGGCACAGAGCCAGGGGGACAUGGACCACAUUUACUCCCCGCCUCCGCCCUAUUCCGGCUGCGGGGAAGUGUACCAAGACCCCUCCGCCUUCCUGUCCACCUCCACGUGUCCCAUAUCCUAUCCACCGCCGUCCUACUCAUCUCCGAAGCCGAACACUGACCCAGGUUUUUUGCCAAUUAUCCCAGACUACGGGUUCUUUCAGCCACCUUGCCAGAGAGACAUGCAGGCUCUGCCUGACCGAAAACCAUUCUCGUGUCCGCUGGAUUCAUUCAGGGUCCCUCCACCCCUGACUCCCCUUAACACUAUUAGGAAUUAUACACUCGGAGGACCUAUGCCUGAGGUGCCCAGACUACCAACCACAUACAGCCCACAGAACUUACCGCUGCGGCCCAUCCUGCGCCCUAGGAAAUACCCAAACCGCCCCAGCAAAACGCCUGUGCAUGAACGGCCCUAUCCUUGUCCAGCUGAGGGAUGCGAUCGGCGUUUCUCUCGCUCUGACGAGCUGACCAGACACAUUCGCAUCCACACGGGACACAAGCCUUUCCAGUGUCGGAUAUGCAUGCGUAACUUCAGCCGCAGCGACCACCUGACCACUCACAUCCGCACACACACGGGCGAAAAACCCUUCUCCUGUGAUUUUUGUGGACGGAAGUUUGCCCGGAGCGACGAACGGAAGAGGCACACCAAAAUCCACCUCAGACAGAAAGAGAGAAAGUCAUCCAGCGCCUCAAAUGCCACAAACUCUGAGCGCUCGUUGGGUAUCAGCUCAGCAGCCGGCGUGUGCUCCUCCAGUUCGAGCCAAUAGACUGCAAUUUCCCGUUUAAUUAACACUAUUUAAUGAUCAUAACUUUGUCCAAUUGCGUUCGUUCUAAUAGAACUGGAAGAAUUAAUUAAAAACAAUAACUGUCAUGGUACACAAACAGAGACGGACUGCGAAAUUGUGCAACUUUGAUGCACCCAUGGCCCGUCUUAACAUUGGCAGCUGUAGCCUGACUCAAAACAAACGCACUUUGUUUAAAUGUAGGCUAAAAGUAGAUAAUGUUUUCCCACCUGACACAGAACUGCUGAAUGACAUGUUUUAAAAAAUGCAGUAGGUGGGUAAUAUGUCACAGACUGAUGGGCCAUGGGUGACCGAUAUUAGAGGGAGAAAAUAUGCACUGAAACAAGACUGCCACGAACUGUUACUGAAUACUUGAAAGGGUAGUGGAACUUCAAACUGGCGAGGUAUUGUAAGGAACUAAUAACUGGAGUUAAUUUAAACCUAGGUUGUUUUCCCUCUUGUGCCUUUUUGGUCAGUUCUUUUUGUAUAUAGCUUCAGACGUAUGUGAACUUUUAAUUGAAUUGUAUAUUUGUCAAUUAAUAGGUAUGGGAACUUAAAAUAUAAAUAUAUUUUUGUAUAAGAUGUUUUGUGCCACAAUUGGGAAGCGCUGCAUUGCAAUAUAACCCCCCAAAACAAGAAAUGUAAAUAGUUUAACUCAUGCCGACGUUAUGUUUGUUUCUUGUGAGCAUUUCAGCUGAUAUGUGAAGUGAUAAAACUAACGCAGGUCAAAGGCGACCUUGCUAUUAUUUGUCAACUAAAAGAAGGAAUAAAUAAAAACAAAUAAACACCA